UAAAUGCAUUUUAAUUCCAACCAUAUAAACGAUACAACCACAAAUUAUCCCGGAAACGAUACCCAUAACCUUGACUACGAAUCUUUGGAGAGCCAAUGCAAAAAUAUUUGGAUUCUGAGAUCUCACAUCGAGAGGGAAUCCGUUACAGCCAGAUUAAAUCUUUCGUUCUUAUCAUCGAAUAGAAAUGAGAGAGAUGCUUCCCACGAUUCUUCUUCCGCAAAUGACCUUACUGACGAUGGAUUUUCUCAAGAAAUUGCACCGCGCAUUUCUAACAUAAUCCACCCCUUUCGCGAUCACGAAAAUACAAUAAAUAAUCAAGAAAACAGUCACGAUAGCGAUUAUAUGAAUCACGAUAAAAAUGUUAAUAUUACCGAUCUUCAAAUAAAGUCUAGUAAAGUUAAUAAUCUUGGUGAUUGCCAUGAAACUGUAGGCAAUAAAAUAUCCAUUCCUGAUGUCGUUACAUUUGAGAAUGGUUCAGCCAAUGGAAUAGAGUCGAUCUUGAAUGGCAAUACAUCUACGAAUGACUAUAAUCAACCAAUGAGACAUUCUAAAGGAACAUGCCUCGACAACUCAAAUAUAAUUCGUUCUCCUUGUAACUCGUCAAAUUCGGGGAACUUACCCCAAGUUGAUAUAUUUAAUAUUCAAAUCGAUCGAAAUAUAAUUAACGUAAAUACCAACCAAGAAACAGAUGUCACAAAUCCAUCAUCAACCAUUAAAUUAACCAAUGCCGGGAAAUUAAGCGGAGAUCAUAUCGACGCGCAAAGCAACGCGAGUUCAAACGAGGAAGUCAGAAGUUUAACCGUAUCUUUUGAAAUGGAAAGUUCAUUUGAAGAAAAUGGUCAUGUUACUAAUAAUCGGUCACUACUGAAAUGGGAUUCCGGAUAUAACUCCUAUCCUAAGGACUUGUAUCUGCCCCAAAGUUCAAUUUCAGAAACUUCGAACGAUGACAACAACGAAAUAGUUAUGACUAAAGGCAACUGUAUUGUACCAAAGGAGCAAUAUAUCGCAAAACCAUCUGAUCCACUAAGAUUUAACGGUACUGCAGAAUUAUCAAACGGUCAUUAUGAUCUAAAUAGUGAAUUGAGUGAUCUAACACAUGUAGGAGAUCUUGAAAAUACAAUAAUGAUUAAUAGACCAGAGUUCGGCAUUGAAGCUGAAGUAAGAGAUUUUGCCAUCGAUCAUAAAACCAAUCAAAUUUUCAAUGAAUUUGUCAAAAUCGAUCCGAAUUUUAAAGGUAAACAUGUCACGAAAACCCAUUCCUCUAAAAAAUCAUCCUUUAAUAAAAAUGCUAAAAAGUUGCAUGAGGCUCCUAACAGUUUUCAGGGUAAAAAGUCUAAACAAUAUUUAUCCGUGCCUACAAAAAUGCUCACACGCUUCAUUGAUGAUGACAAAUCGAUUCCGACAGCGACCAAUUGUAUAGAUCAGGAUUCCACUUCUAGUCUCAUCUAUAAGGCUGUAACUUAUCCCCAAAACCCUUUAUUUGUUCAAUCUUGUAGUAAUGAUGAAAAUAAUUUAAAUUCUAAGUCCUGUAAUAUCCGAGAUGACGAGGAUAGUCGCAAGGAGGAGACCGAUAAUUUAAAACUGCCUUCUGCCGAUCAAAUUACACAGUUUCACAACGAUCUCAAAUGCGUCAAAAGGUGCAAAAAAUUGGGCUUGACCACGAGCAAAGACACCGCAUUGGAUAAUGCUAAAUUACUUUUGAGCUAUUUUAAACUCAAAUGGGAAAAGAGUAGCCGGGAAAGCAUCGAAGAAGAAACUGAGGAAGAUUUGGAGAAAAAUGGUUGACAAUUCCCUCAUAAAAAAAACCCCCCAUCUUUGAAUAUUAUAUCUAAUUAUCGUAAAUUAACUUUUGUGGAUUAUUUUUAAUAAGAAGAGCUAUGUUUCAUAAUUACUAUGUUCUAGUAUAACUAGUGUUGUUAAAACGGCCCGUUUUUAAGCCGAUUUUUAAAUACGGCCAACUCAAUAUUUUAUCCGGAAAAAUAUUGCCUAAAUCUCGAGAUUUCGCUAAUAGCUUGUUCCUCCUACAAACAAAAUCUUCAGGCUUGCGUAAUAUUAUUCUGGACGAAAUAUUGAGUUAACCGUUUUAAAAAUCGGCUCAAAACGAGCCGGUUAACAACACUGAGUAUAAUGUGAUUUUUUCGCGCGCACCUUUGCGAUUUAUUCUGAUAUCCCAAGAUUAUUAAGUUAUUGAGACAUCCAUAAAUUCAUUCAAUAAAA